AGGAGGCACGCUUCAUGUUCCAAAGUUGGAUGUCAAGAUUCAGAAGUGUUUCUUCUGGUUCUGUAUCCUUGACUGACUGUGGAGUGUCAAGUGAAGCAGCGGAACACGGAGACAGGCAAAGCCUCUAGGGGGCCAUGUCUGGGGGCAGCAGUACUAACAACAGCUGGACCAUCCUCACUCCUGAGGAGACUGUAGCUGAAACCCUGAAGCCUUUGGAAGAGGGGACAGAGCACCAUGAAGAAAGUCUUCCUUCUGCAGCAGGGGGCAAUCAGCCCGCAAAUGGUGAAGAGUCUGUGGAGGAACCACCUGUGGAGGGCCAACCGGUACCAGAAGAACAAACAGCCCAGCUAAGUGGAGACGCAAGCACUGAGAAACAUGCCCAAGUGCCAGCUGCUGUUACUGAAUCCCCUGUUCCCACCUCUUUGGAAGUAUCGAGCAGCUCUGUCCCUGACAGUGAUACACUCAGCCAGUCAGAGGACCUACUUGAGGGCCCGGCACAGACCAGUCCUGACCCUGAUUCAUUUUCUGACUCCUACACCCACAUAACCCCCUCUCCUGAGGAACCCCCAGUCUACCUGCUGAGCACAGAGACUCUGGGAGGAGUGGAGUCUACACAGGAGGAAGAGAGGCUCACACAAGAAGCAACAGUGUAUUUGCUAAAUGGGGAGGGGCUACAACUGGAGGGGGAGGAGUCGAGGACACCUGAUAUAGGGAAACAGGCAGUGUACUUGGUGGACCAGCUGGUUUUGGAAUUGUUCAGUAUCUGGGCCAGGAGGUUGUCUGGAGAGGCUGUGGUUGAGGUGGCUGAGGAGAGCACAGAGAAGACCGGGGCGGAGGGAGAGCCAGAGGUGAGGAGAAGGAGGUCUCUCUUAGCUGCCAUUGAGCGGAUUGGACAACGAGAGGAGGAAGACGAAGGUGUGGAAGAGUUUCAGCUGCCUCCGCGUGACGAUGACAGCGGGUUCUCUGUGAACAAGUGCAUCCUGGGUGCUGUCAUUCUGUUGGGCCUUGGCACCAUCUUUAUCUCUGGUGUCUUGAUGGACCUGGAUGAGGACAGUGAUUAUGCUACGAGGGAGCUGAAAGACGCAGAGUUACCAGGAAAACAGGAGUGGCUUAAUCCAGAGGUUCCAUCGUCCCCUGUAGAUGCUGACAGUACAGAGCUUCUAAAUAAGCUAGCCAAAGAGAACGAGCAGAUUUCUGUGCUACAAGCCCAGCUUCAGGCACAGAAAGAAGAGCUAAAAGUAGUCAAGGGAGCGGUGGCAGAGGGAGUGAAGGAGCAUCUACGGUGGGAGGAGGUGGAGAAGGAAAACAGUAGGUUGAAGAAAGAAAUUGCGUCUCUUCCUGUCCUUCAGAAAGACAAUGAGAGGAUGAAGAGAGAGCUGGAGUCUGUCGUGGCCCUACACAAAGAACUAGAAAUGCUGAGAUCCACUGUGACUGAAUUAAAACUCUCCCCAGCAGCAAAAGGAGCAUCUUUGUCGCCCCCUGGUGGACAGCCAGAGGUUAGCACACAGCAAACAGAUGGAUCUAUAGAGAGUCAACAUAAGAAGCCAUUGGAUGACCAGAAGGAGAAAAAGAAAGACAUGAAAAAUGAAAAUUACAAGACAGAAAGAGAAAAAUCUGUAGUGAAGGAAGAAGCAAAAAAGGAGCGCAAAGAUGGGGACUGGAAAAAAGACAAACAUGAACAUGCAAAGUUGGAAAAGAAGAAAGAUAAGCAGAAGUGGAACAUUGAUGAGGCAAAACAAUGGAAGGAGAAAGAUAAGUUGAGCAGAGGUGAUGAAGGAAAGUCAUGGAAGGACAGGGAAGGUAAGAAAGAGUGGAAAGACAAGAAUGGGGGAAAAGAAAAAAAGGAGGAGAAAGACUUGAAAAAAAAACAGCAUGAGAAAGUGAAUGAGGGAAAACAAUGGAGGGGUAAGGAGGAGAAGAUAGGAAGAGACCAUGGAGAGAUUCACAAGGUCAAGGAGGAAUGGAAGAAAGGAAAGGAUGGCUUCAAAGAAAGUGGCAAAGACAAAUGGGAGAAAAAAGAUCGGAAAGAGAAAGUAGAGAAGAAAGAGUGGAAGAAAGAGGGCGACUGGAAGAGUAAAAAAAGCAAAGAUAGUAAAGAAUGGAAAGGAAAAGGUGAAAAGAAACAGUGGGAAGAGAACAAAAAUCCUGGUAAAGAAAGAAAGGUGAAGGAUGAGAAGAAACAAUGGAAGGAGAAGGAUUGGAAAAAUGGAAAGGAUGAUAAGGAGUGGAAGAGAAAAGAUGAGAGUAAACAGUGGGAAAACAAGGAAGAAAAGUGGAAGAGAGAGGGACAGAAAGAAAAGAAAGAUUGGAAGAAGGACAAGUCAAGCUCCCAGAUGCACAAAGAUGAGCUCAAGUUGAAAAAUGGCCAUGAAGAAGAGCAUCUAUGGGGAGACAGGAAGCCUCCUCACUCACACCGCAAGACCUCCCUGGAGCAUCCUGACUACUGGAUCCAGCAAAAAGACCGCCUCCAGCACAACGCCAAACCAUCACAGCAUUGUGACUCACUGGAGUCCUGUGCCGGCUCAGAGGGGCUGCACCCUGUCCCCUUCCCUGAGUUUGAAGCCGUACUCCAAACGUACCUAACCAAGGCUGAGGAGGUGGGAGUGGAUGAAUACAAAAGAACAGAGCUCAAAAAGCUAGCAGCGGAAUUCUUCAAAGAGGGUGUCUUUGUUCACGACCAGAUGAGCUUCCAAGAAUUCAUCGAGGAUGUGGCCGACAUUUUGGAAGACAUGGUGGAAGGCGAUGAAGAAGGGGAAGAAGGGGACGAAGAGGACGAAGAGGACAGCGCCAUAGAGGACGAAAUGGAGGCGUUUGAAAAAGAAGUGAUGAAAAAGUUUGCAGUGCCAGGAGCAGGAAAGAAAGAAGAGCUAGCCAAAGGGGAGUGGAGGAGGGAGGGUGGACAAGGACGUGGCUGAUGAAGCAGCAGAACCGAUGGAUCUGUGAAAAGUAGCUGAGAGAAGUCAUAACGGGUGAGGGUUCUUUUCAAAGGGAACAUUUUAUAAUGGACCACGAAUACUUACAUAUACACAUUUAUUAUCCUGUCAUACUUUUUACAGGAUCUUACUUUACCCCUCCUCUCGUGUUCAACUUAUAAAGUGGUUUCAAUGUUGUGGGUUCUUUAUUUGACCUAUGCACAUGCACACACAUAAGCACUGAAUAAUAGAGAAAAUGCUUGCUUCACAUCAGAUUUUUGGGUGGACUUCAGUAAAUAUAAAAAGCUACAGAUGGUAGUGAUGCAUAAUGUGUACACGUUUAUCCGUUGUGUGCUUUUCUUCUAAAGUUAAAUCCAUGGAAAGCUCCAAAAAUAUCCAUAUCUAGCUUUUUGAAAUGUGUGAGCACAUCCUUUGAUGGACUGUAAGUGCUACCUUCUCUCUGUGCGUACAGAAGAUUUCACCUGUUAGAUUGACUUGAAUGUAACUCUGUUUGGACUCUCAUUUAAAAAAAGAUACUGUACAGUCUUAUUCAUGCACCACGCCUCUUCCUCUGCAAACAGCACUGAGCACUGUUGAAGUCUUUCUAUUCACCGAGCAACCUGUACCUCCAGGACUCCAUCUUUAUGUAUAUGAAUUACUUUAGCGUGAGUCAUAAUGUCAGAUUAUAUCGAAGUCUUUAACAGUUUUUUGAUAAAGGGUGGAGUGAACUGCUGCAAAAAACGUAGUGAAUGCAUUAUGCAAAAAUAUAGAAGUCUGUGUAGAUUUUCUUUUGAAUGUUUGUACAUAUUGCAUUAAAUGUGUUAAAGAACUAUGCUGAAAUGCAUAAAUAUCUGAUUAACUUAUUUUAUAGAGAUGGUAUGUCCAUUUAAAAAAAAAAAAAAAAAAGCUUGUCACAGAUGAUGACAUGUUGAGCAUGUAUGUUUCUUUCAGGUACAGGACUCAUGUUGUGCACUAAAAUGUCCUUAAUUCUAGGUGAUCACGAAUGUAGCAUUUGUUUUUGUUUAUGUUUGUUAUGGCACUGUUAAAAUGCUUAGGAAAUGUUUCUGGUUCAAAUCCUGUGGCUACAUAGAGAUGAUCUUUCAGAGGUUGGUGAUGCAGAACAACAUACUCUAGGCUUUUGUUUGCAGCACAGAUAGAACACUGUAUGAUUCUGAUGUUCACUAUUGCCCCGAUUACUGUCAUAAGAGCACAAUAAUAAAUUGGGUGCAUCCCAGUGAUAGAUUAA